CACCGCAUUUCACGUGACUCUCUACAGCCGGCGCCAAUCGCGCGACGCCCUGCUCUCCCAGUCUUGAAUCUUGACCAUCUCCUCGAAAGUGCAAACUCCCAUCUCGGCUUGCGCACUAGCUUUGCUGCAUAUCCUUCACUUGUCUUCACCGAUAGUUUUCUCGGGAACUGCUUCUGCGGUGCACAGCCCGCACCAUUUCCGGCCUGCUUCUUCUGGUGCUGCAUCCUUCACUGAGCUCUCGCAGUCUUCUUCCUGCUUACCGCGCAUUCUCAGCCUCUGAUUCCGAACAAUGGCUACCGGCAAAGCCAAGAAGGCGGCCGUACCCGUCUCGCGACCCACAGUCGUCCCUGCGCCGCCGUCGGCACCUAUGCCAAUGGCCGACCCCACGCCCGCACCCACGGUGAACGGCAAGAAGAAGAAGAAAAAGAAGACCAAGGGAAACCUCGACCCCGCCUUCCAGGGCAUGGUGUUCGAGGACAGGCUGUACGGCGAGGACGACGACAUCCAGGCGCAGCUGGUGAGUGCGGAGUCCGAGACGCGGUCUCCAGAGUCCCUGCACUUGUCCACGGCCGCCUCGCUCGAGUCCGUGCACCUGUCCACGACCGCGUCGCUCUCUGCAUCGCUCGCCGCCGUCGCCCGCCAGAAUCCGGGGAUGGUGACAGAAGCGGACCUGGCCGCCACAGUAAACCACCUCACGCGCGGGAUCGAGCCGGACGCGGAGGGCCGGUUUGACGAGGAGUACCUGGAGCAGUUGCCGGACCACAUACGGAGCUUUGUACGGAACACUUACUUGCAUCUGAGCGCGUAUGGUGACGGCGACGAAAAGACGCAGGCGAUGUAUGCGAUCGCGCAGCAAAUCCACGCCGGCGCGGGCGGUGGCGGCGCGAAGAACAGCAUGCGGUACGCGGCGGGCGCGUACCCGACGACGGUGCCCUUCGACCCGGCAAUGUUCUCGGACCCGGCGUUCAGCCUGGCGAUGGAGCAGGCGGCGGCGGCGAACGGGCUGCACCCCCUCGGAGAGGGCGACGCGCUCUCGCCGACGAACGUCGUGCUGCUGAACGAGUACGGCGAAGAAGGCUACGCGGAGGACGACUACUACAGCGAGGACGAGCUCGACGACUUCGACGACGUCGACGACGUUCGUCGCGCGGCGGCAACGUACGCGCGCGACGCGCCGCCGUCGAGCGGAGGCGGCGGCGGGUUCGGCCCGGAAUAUAUGCCAGGGCGAAAGAAAAAGCCGAAGAAAAAGAAACGACAGCCACCGCGGCCGGCCAGCGCGGAGGCCCCCGGCCGGCUGCGGCCGGAGACGCCGGGCGACGCGGCUGUGGGAAAUUCGCCGCCGCCAUCCUCUGCUCACAACUCAAUGCCGACCGCGCGACCUCCGCCGUCGUCCAACCCUCCGCCGUCGUCGCGCGCGGCGGGCAAGCAGCCUAUGUCCUAUGCUGCCCCCGCGCCAGCCGCCAACCCACCCCCUAGUCGUCGCGCAGCCUCCAAGGCCCCCAUUACCUCCCACGCGUACCAGCAUAAUCAUACUCAUCACCAUCCAUCGCCACCAUCUUCGAACGCCUCCGCACCUCACAAACCGCGUCCCCCAGCGAACGGAACAGGAGGGGGAGGUACGGCGAAAAAUAACAAGAUAUGGAGUACGAGCACGACAGAGGAGCGGGAGCGCAUCAAAGACUUCUGGCUUGGGCUGGGCGAGGAGGAGCGUCGGAAUCUCGUGAAAAUCGAGAAAGAAGCCGUCCUCAAGAAGAUGAAGGAGCAGCAGAAGCACAGCUGUAGUUGCGCUGUCUGCGGUAGGAAGCGGAGUGCAAUAGAAGAAGAGCUGGAGGUACUGUACGAUGCUUAUUAUGAGGAGCUAGAACAGUACGCGAACUACCAGCAGCGCUACAUCUCCUCUGGCGGCACGCUCCCUCCUCCGCAAGGCCCAGGACCCUUCCCAGGCAGCGUUGAGCUCGACAAGAACGGUGUCGUCAUUGAUCCCCAUGCUCCCGCCCAUCCCGCCACACGCCCGAAAGGCGCCGUCAUGACCAAUGGCCGCAAGCCCGUCAAGCCGCCCGAGAGCGAGUUUGAUGAGGACGACGGUGAGGAGGAUGAGUAUGAGGAGGAGGAGUACGACGAUGAGGAGGACGAUGAAGAGGAGGAAGAGGAGGACGAGGAGGUGGAUGCGGCAGACGAGGACGACGUCAAGCCACAACCCGAUCGGCGGGCGCCGUCCCAUCGGCGACGCGCCAUGCCCAACGGGACAAAGGCGAACGGCCGUGAUGGUUUGGGCCACUUUGGCAACAGCCUCACUGUCACAGGAGCAGGUAACAUCCUCACCGUGGCCGAUGACCUGCUGAAGAACGACGGCCAGAAGUUUCUCGAGAUGAUGGAGCAGCUGGCUGAGCGGCGGAUGCAGCGCGAGGAUGAGGCUGUGCAGGACGUCGAGGAUGAGAGCGAGGAUGAGGAUGAUGACGAGGGAGAUGAGGAUGACGAGGACGAUGACGAGGACGAUGAAGAUGAGGACGAGGAGGAGGUGAUGACGGAGGAGCAGAAGAUGGAGGAAGGCAAGCGGAUGUUCUCCAUCUUUGCAGCACGAAUGUUCGAGCAGCGGGUGCUCCAGGCGUACCGUGAAAAGGUCGCACAGGAGCGCCAGUUGCAACUCCUUCGCGAGCUCGACGAGGAGGACAAGAACAGCAAAGAAAAGGAGGCCAAGAAACAGACGCAGAACCAGAAGAAGAAGGAGAAGAAGCGUCAGCAGAAGCUUGCGAAGGAUGAGGAGCGCGCGGCCAAGGCGGCUGAGAAGGCAGCCGAGGACGCAGAACUUAAGGCAAAGCAGACGGCGCAGGAGGAGGAGCAGCGUAAGAAGCGCGAGGAGGAGCGUGCACGCCGUGAAGCGGUGCGGAAAGCGGCCGAGGAGGAGAAGCAUCGCAAAGAGGAGGAACGGCGGAAGCGCCUAGCUGAAGAGCGCGAACGCGAGGCAGAACGGGAACGCAAGCGCAAGGAGCAGGAGGAGAAGCGCAAAGCAGAGCGGCGGGCGCAGGAAGAACGCGAGCGCAAGGUACGCGAGGAGCGCGAAGCCAAGGCUGCCGCCGAGCGCGCCGUUGCUGCUGCUGCGAAGCGCGAACGAGAAGAGAAGGAGCGCAAGGAACGGGAGGAACGGCUGGCGAAGGAGCGCGAGGAGAAGGAGAAAGCCGAGAGGGAAAGGGUGGAGAAGGAGAAGGCAGAGCGAGAGGCGCGUGAGCGCGAGCGUGCAGCUCAGCAACAGCAACAGCAGCAGCGCGCAGCCUCGCGCAAUGCACGUCCACCUACUUCGCCUCGGAAUGCUAACACAGCAGGGCCCUCUCAGCGGUCGCCAAACCACGCUGCGCCGUCGAAGAAGAUCCUUAACAAGCCUACGCCCGCCCAGCAACCCGCCACUCCCGCUCCUCCCAUCAUUCAGCCACCUCGUCCUCAGCAGCCCCGCGUGACGGUGGUGACGAACCAUACCGCGCCGCAGCCGAUGCCUGCCCAUGUUCCGAACCACCUCUCUCCCCAAGGGCCUCCCAUGUUCUCACCGGGUGUGAUGCCUCCUGUAAUGUCUCCACGCGGACCGUUCACGCCAGGUCCCUUCGGUAUGGGCCCUGGUCCGUCGAUGCAGCAGGGCCCGCCACCGCCUCUGGGGCCAUCCGCGAUGCCGCGAACCUUCGGCAACGGCAUACCGUACGAUGCGCCGUUUGUACGGAACGUGCCUCCGCCUGCUCCCAUUGCUCCGCCCUCCGCCAUUGCACCACCAACUCCUAUCGGUCCUCCAGCACCUAUUGCGCCUCCCAACCGAGCCUCUGGCAAUGCAGUGACCUCGCCGACGCAUCUCACUCCCAGUACGAGUCGUCUUCCUGCGGCCGAUCCUGGUCCCAUCACUCGCCCGAUUGCGCCCAUCGCGCCCAUUGCGCGACCGUCCGCUGACGCGUCGGGCUCCGGUUCCACAUCACCAAGUCGUCGCUCGCCCAGUCCAAAGGGUGUGCUAGGCUCAUCUGCGCUCGCUGCGGACGACGAUGAGGUUGUGCAGGCACCGAGUCGCCGCGCUGUUGCCCCCGCUCCAGUAGGAGGAGGAUGGGGAAGCCCACGUAGCUCGGGUCCCGACAUGCGUGGCCCCUGGGGGGCCCCUGGGCCUCAUGGACCGCCUGGCUUUGCAUCUAAUCGUCCGCCGCCUCCCAUUGGACAUCCGAUCUGGACAUCGAACCCUGAGUGGCACCCUUCGACACCUUUCUUCGCUAAUGCUUUCACUGCUCACAACCCUUCGCCUCCUCCUCACAGUGGUAGUUGAGUGCAUUUUGACGGUCCUUUCUGUUACCCACUUCAUAUCGCAUCUUACCUGCAAUGAUCCUUAUUGACCCGCAUGACACUGACAACAAUAUAAAUGCAUUAAA